AUGUCUUGGCUCACUGCUCUGCUCUGCACCCUCUCAAUACUGGGAACAGCCUCCGCGGCCGACAGCAUUGUUUUCAGAGACUCAGAGACAGGCUUUACCUUCUCCCAGUACAAUGCAAACUACAAGUACAACAGCCCUGAUGUCAUAAGCUUCCGAACCGCCGUUCCGAACCCCGCGUCGGCGCCUUAUGACAUCGUGCUACAGGUGACAGCGAAGAAGGAUGUGGGCUGGCUCGGCGUAGCUUGGGGCGGAACCAUGCUCAACAACCCAUUGACUAUAGCAUGGCCAAACGGAAACACUGUCACAGUGUCGAGUCGUUGGGCCAAAGGGCGGUCUCUGCCCACGGCGUACACCGGUGCAACCCUUCAAGCCCUCAAGACCGGGACCAAAACCAACUCCACGCAUUGGCAGGUGACGCUGAGGUGCACUGGGUGCACCACGUGGACCAGCUCCUCAGGCUCGACGGUGAACCUCAACCCUGGCGGCUCCAAUAGGAUGGCCUAUGCGUACGCUACUGCUGCCCCAUCGUCGCCGUCCUCGAACACGUCUAGUUUCGGUGUCCACGACAACUUUGGCUACUGGAACCAAGACUUCGCUCAGGGACAGAAUGCCGAUUUCCAGGCUCUGGUGUCCAAAAACAGUUAA